AUGAGACUCCCGGCAGCUGCUGCUGUCCUGCUGCUCACUCUCUUGUGUUGCAGCGAUGAGGCCUCAACCAGAGCAGCAUCAGAUGAAGCUGCUGCUGCUGCAGCAGCAGCAGCAGGGGCAGCAGCAGCAGCAACAGCAGCAGCAGCAGCAAGUGACAAUAAUGUUGACGGCCGUGGAAUAGGAAGCAAAAGCAGCAAAAGUAUUUAUUCCAUUUUUGCACUGCAGCCUUUCUCCUUGCUGCAGACACACAAACCCUCAGCAGCAGCAGCAGCAGCAGCAGCAGCAGACAAAGAAAGGACAAAAUCUGCAUCAAAUCCCGACACUAAGCACAGCCAGCAGCAGGGGCAUGAGCAGCAACAGCAGCACGAGAAGCAGCAACACAAACAAAAGGACAAGCCGCAGCAGCAGCAGCAGCACAGUCAGCAGCACGAGGAGCAGCAGCACGAGCAGCAGCAGCAUCAGCAACACCAUCAGCAGCAGCACCACCACCAGCAGCACCACCAUCAGCAGCAACACCACCAACAGCAGCACCACCAGAAGCAGCAUGAAAAGCAGCAUGAGCAGCAGCAGCAGCUGCAGCACCAUCAGCAGCAGCAGCAGGACCACCACCAGCAGCAGGACCAUCACCAGCAGCAUCAGCAUCAGCAGCACCACCACCAUCAGCAGCAGCAGCAGCAGCGUCAGCAGCAGCACGAUCAUCAGCAGCAGCAUCAUGAGAAGCAGCCGCAGCAGCAAGAUCAUCAGCAUCAAGAGCAAAAGCAGCAGCAUCAGCAGCAGCAUGAGCAGCAGCAGCAGCAGCAUCAUCAACAGCAGCAUCAUCAUCAGCAGCAGCACCACCACCACUACCAUGAGCAGCAGCACCGUAAUCCCCCUCACCACCAGCAGCAGCAUCAGCAGCAGCAGCAGCAGCAUGAGCAGCAGCACGAGCAGCAGCACGCUCAUGUUCGUGAAAGGAAUGAGCACCAUCACCCAGCAGCAGCAGCAGCAGCAGCAGCAGCAGCAGCAGCAGCAGCAGCAGAGCAGCAAGAAGACUCCUCUGCUGCUGCUGGAAAUAGUACUAAACCGAGACAUAAAUAUUCCCCGAUUCAAGUAUAUGGCGGUAAGCCGCAGCAGCAGCAGCAGCAGCAGCAGCACAAGCAGCAGCAGCAACAGCGCGAACAGCAGCAGCAGCAGCAGCAGGGUUUUGUGGGUAGUUUUGUUCAGAAUAGAAUCCAAAAUGAAGCAGCAAAAUAA